CGGGGUUGUUGUUGUCGCUCAGGUGGGAGUUCAGAGUGCAACUCGCACAGGUCGUGUUCCGCUUCCACUGUUAGCUCCUGAGGUGUCAUAAAGGUAGCUGCAGGUACCAGGGAUGUGAUGGCCUUCAUGAGUCUGUUCAUGAGGAGGCAGUUACCGCAGGCCGUGUGCUACUUCGCCCGGAGAGUGAGGCUGGUCCGGCCUCCCUGCGCCGGACCUCUGCUGAGGAGGAGACUGCACGGCUCGUCCCGGCAGCAGCUCGGGGAGAAGGGACCGUGGGGGAAGAUCCGGGGACCGGAGCAGCAGCAGCAGCAGUACCAGUUCGCAGACCUCGACAAGGCGGACGCUUUGAUGCUGAGGAAGUCCCACGAGACAGGAUUCCUCUCGUGGUUCAGAAAUGGUCUGCUGGCAACUGGGAUCGGAGUAAUUGCGUUUGUCCAGAGUGAAGUGGGAAGAGAAGCCGGAUAUGCCUUCUUCAUCCUGGGAGGUGUGUGCGUGUCUUUCGGCGGGGCCACGUACCUCGGCAGCCUCUUCGCCCUGCGGAGGCUGAUGCUGCUGUCUGUGCCUGCACUGCUGCUCCAGAGUGCAGCGGUGGGCAGCGUCGCCCUCUUCUGGCUCUGCGCUGUAUCUCUGUACAUCGGCCGCCUGGAGGUGGAGAUCAUCCACGAUGAGGAGGAUGGAGAGGAUGAGGAGGACUGUCGCGAGUGCCGUGAGAGGCGAGAAAACAGAGGUUACCGUGACAGCAGACAUCAUGACAAUGAGGACAGUGAUGGCAAGGGGCCCAACAAGUAGAGAAAGUGGAAAUGCUGUGUAUGCUGCUUUUUUUUUCAGGGUUUCCUCUUGUUUUGUAUGCCUGUGUGGUUGUCUGUCUCUGUGUGUGUGUGUGUGUGUGUGUGUGUGUGUGUGUGUGUGUGUGAGUGCAUGUGUGUAAGUGCAAGCAGUCUUCAUGUAUAUAUGUAGGCGAUGGGAGUCUAAAAAAACAGACCUAUUAUCAUUAAUUAUAUAAAUGUUAAGAUUAUUGUGAAGCAGACUUUUUGACCUUCUAAAGAACUGGUCAGAAAACGCUGAAAUUUAGGUUCACUUCAUUUGAAUAAAUCUGUUUUUUUUUUUUCUGUCUAAGUUUUCUAAUAAUCAGAUAUAUUGAAUGCUGCUUUACUUUCCUCCUCAAAUUGUCUGAUUUUCAAAUGUUUUAACAUCCUUACAUUCAAAGACAAGAGACUCAAAAGAGAACAGUUAUUUUUGUCCUGUUUGAUUUUCAGGAGUUCUUUGGCUUUUCUUAGCCAACCGCUGUUUUGUCUUAUCUUGUUCCACAUAAUUAAAAAAAAAAAAAAAAAAUCACAGAACUGUGAUUGAAUACUUGAACUUUUCAUUGACGUCUAGAAAUCAAACCAGCUGGUUGUCACAUGUUGUGAGAUAAAGAAUGAAUCCACACUAUGUUCACGUUCAGGGUUGUCUUUAAUGAGGGCUUGAAUAUAGACUUUUUACAGAGGUUACCCGGUGAACUGUUUUUCUUUUUUUUUAAAACCUUUCUUUUGUAAGGGAAAACGCACUUUUCUCAGACGAUCUCCACUUGACUUUUGGAGUAAAGAGUAUUUUUCACUGCUCUUUCUGUGGUUCUAUAUUUGACUUUACAUUUGAUACACAUGUAUGGUAACCACAAACGACUUCACCUUGAGUGAAUGUCAUACUGUGUCUGGUGGAUGCUGUUAUAGCUGUUUUCAUGGGUAUCAUGAAUAGCGGGGGUUUUCUCUUGUUUACUUCUGUCUGCGUGUUUAACACCCUCAAUGCACCCUGCUGUACAGACAGAAAUAAAGCCAAACUAAAUCUAU